AUGAUCUUUCCAGUACUUUUGGUUAUUGGAGCAAGUCUUGUAACAGCUAGUCCUCACCAAAAUGUUGUUACAACUAAACCCGAACUCGAUCUCAAACCACGAGCAACACCCGCUGGAGGCUGGACAUUCGGACCUCAAUGCACAACCAACUCAUACAUCAUUUCCCUCGUUUCCAAGAUGAACCACCCUCCCGACCCCUCAUUCACACCCUCCCCCUUCUGCUCUUCCUACCUCCAACCGUACAUCGACCUCCUCGUGCCCUCCACCCUCCUCGGCUCAACCACACUAACACGCACCAUCUCCCUCACCACCACAACCACCACCACCAACCCGACACCCACCACCACCGUACUCCUCUGCGCCACGCCCUCCCCCUCAGCACUCUGCGGCGUAUCAGGGACCUUCAAAUCCGAAUUCCUCGAGGGCGCGCUCAUCUACCACGCGAACCCGUACGUGAAAGACGGGAAGACGUGUAAACAAGCCUGUUUGCGGAAUGAGAAGUGCAUGAGUUUCGUGACGUAUGAUAGUACGAGGGAUGGGAGUAGUUGCGAUAUGUACGGUGUGAGUCUCUCCGAGGGCUGGAUGCGGAAUCCGGGGGAUGAGGAUAAUGCGAAUCAUUGGUUCGAUCGUUCGUGUCCGGAAUUACAACCCCCCGCAUGUCUCGCUCCCGCCCUCGCCAAACGAUAUCCCAUCGCCCUUCCCGAGUUCCUGCGGAAUGACGAGUGGUUUCUCGGCGAGGCUUGUUCGUGUGUUGUUACUAGUGCGAUGAUGACGACGACGGGGACGAUUAGGUAUGAUGUGGAUUUGAGGACGAAGUUUAGUACGCGAAGUACGCAGACUGCUACGGUGACGAGUACGAGUUUGGCGCAUUUGAGCACGAGUUAUAGUUUUGUGCAAAGAUGA